GCGAUGAAACUCAACUCAAUCAUUUUUGGAACCUACCCCAAACAGUUCGGCUCUGGACAAGAAACACCAAGCUAUAAGCAUGGCGCAAAUAAACCCUGCAGGAGUUUUCAAGAUUACUGCUUAUGAUCAAGAAAAUUUCCAAGGCAAGAGGAUGGAAUUCACUGCAUCCUGCAAGAAUAUAAUGGACUGUGGAUUUGACAAUAUUCGAUCCAUCAAAGUUGAUUGUGGAGCCUGGGCUGGCUAUGAACAUUCCAGCUUUUUUGGACAACAAUUUAUCUUGGAGAAAGGAGAAUAUCCUCGCUGGGAUGCCUGGAGUGGCAGCAAUGCUUACCACACUGAAAGACUCAUGUCCUUCCGCCCUAUUUGCUCUGCUCAUCAUAAAGAGUCCAAAAUUGUCAUUUUUGAGAAGGAAAACUUCAUUGGAAGACACUGGGAGAUGUGUGACGACUACCCCUCUUUGCAAGCCAUGGGGUGGUGUAACAAUGAAGUCGGAUCCAUGAAGGUUCAAACUGGCGCAUGGGUGUGCUACCAGUACCCAGGAUAUCGUGGCUUCCAGUAUAUUAUGGAAUGUGAUCGCCAUGCUGGAGAGUACAAGCACUGGAGAGAGUGGGGAUCCCAUGCUCAAACUUUCCAGAUCCAGUCACUCCGCCGCAUUCAGGAGUAAAGCAACAGAUCAACACAGCACAGUGGGAGGGCCUGCAAAGGAAAUCUAUGGGUAUACUUGUACUACAUUCUGUAGUAGAACAAUAAUCUGUGUACUGUAAUCGGUUUAACAUCUCAUUACAAUCAGUUCGGCUAUUGAAAUACUCAAAUAAAAGUCAUAAAAAUGUUUCCCUCUCUUUGGCUCAAGUUACCCCCGUGGAAUCGCUUGUUUUAAAAUUUGACAUCUGGUCAACAGGAGAGACUCAUCAGGCUUUUAAGUUAUGAAAUAUAAUAGACAGCUAGAACAUUUUGGUGGAUUCUGUUGAAAUGAGCCAGCGAAGAGCAAUUGGUCAUGAAGCUUGAAGCACAUCAACCACAAGUAAUUAUGUUCUCAGUAUCACAAGCAUCUUAGCUCUCUGACUGCGAAUUACAUUUUGCUUUUCAGCAAGAGUUCAAAAAAACUUUAUAACCAGCUGCUUCAAUGUACACUGACAACAUUUAAAUGAAAUGCACCCUUCCCCUGAGGGAGAUUGAUUUAUGGUCAAAAUUAUCUAAAUUAAUCAUUAUAAAUACAUUCUGUCCUCAGGAUUGACAUAAUGAAAAUUUGCUCCAUCACACACAACUGAUUGAGGGUUCUUUCUUUUCCACAUGGUUAAGGAGUCCAAGUGGCCUGGCCAGUUUGGGAGUUUAAUUCUGCUCAUGCAGCAGAAAUCUUCUGCAAGUGCCAGCUGGAAAUUGCGAGACGUUGACUGUCCCCAGUAAUUGGCUGACAGUGUUUCACCCAGUAACUCCCCAGUAUGAAGGAUAAUAUCCCCUCUGAAAUAGCUCAAGCAAUCAAGAGAAAACGUUGAAGACUCUGUAGAACAUAAACAACAUUAUCAGAUGAUCGUUAAAAACGCAGAACAAUUUCCUGUGUUUACAAAUGAGAUUAUGACCUUUAACCACUGCAGUUAUUUACUAUCAUUAAUGUUAUUUUUGACACAAAUUACAGGCAAUUACAUUGUUUCUUUAACACACUAAUAAACUAUGAACCGUUAACAGCAACGCAAUUGAAUGAAUUAUAUAUAUCACAACUGUUCCUUUCAGAUAAGUGUGUAGUGAAAACGAAAGGAGAAAUUGUUCAACAAAAAAUAGAAUCUCUGCCAAACGUGAUUAGUACAUGAAUGUGUUACAGCAGAGAAUUUUCAUCUUGCUACUUUGUAAUCUUUGAGCUUCAAUUGAGCUUUCAUCAGUUAAUUGUUAUGAAUCCUAGGAAUGUACCAGCUAAAUUUUACUUGAAAGUUUUUGAACAUAGUACAGAAGGUAAUGUCAUUUUUCUCAGCACACCAUUGGUAAGGAAUGAUAAUUUGUUUGAGCCAAAGAAAACUUCCCCUAGUGUAGGAGUGUAAAGCCCUUCCUUUCUUACCGUCUAUGUCUGGCCAGGCCAGAAAAAGCACUCUGUCAGGAAACUGCUCAAGGAUUUCAGGGCCGCUGGUCUAAAGUUACAUAAAGAAAAUGUGGUAGUAAAUGCUUUCUCCCCCAGCUCACU